UGUUGCGGCUGCUAACGACUUCCUUUGGUUCAGCCUUCCCCACUCAGUCCCACAGGCUUCUCGGAGUGUGGAACAGAGUCCCGAGGGUCGAGUCCCCAGCGCCAGUGUACCAGCGUCUCUCUGGUCCAGAGUUCCUGCUUCGGGCUCUUUGGACCCUCCUGGUGUCCUAGACUGCACCGGGGAGAGCGGCAGCGGCGCCAGGGUAUGGCUUCGGCGGGCAGCGGCAUGGAAGAGUUGCGCGUGUCGGUGCUGACCCCGCUCAAGCUGGUCGGGCUCGUGUGCAUCUUUCUGGCGCUGUGUCUGGACCUGGGAGCUGUACUGAGCCCAGCCUGGGUCACGGCGGACCACCAGUACUACCUGUCCCUAUGGGAGUCCUGCCGGAAUCCCGCCAACCAGGACAUCUGGCACUGCGAGUCCACGCUCGGCAGCAAUAGGCAGAUUGCUACUCUGGCUUUACUCUUGGGCGGUGCUGCCAUCAUUCUCAUUGCAUUCCUGGUGGGCUUGAUUUCGAUCUGCGUGGGAUCUCGAAGGCGUUUCUACAGACCUGUUGCUGUUAUGCUUUUUGCAGCAGAAAGAAAGUGUAGUUUCUGUGUCCAGUGUCAAGAGACUCUCCUUUUCAUCUACCCUCAGUACAGCCUGGUUCUUUACCCAAUCAAGUUUAUUGAGACUGUGAGCUUGAAAGUUUACCACGAGUUCAACUGGGGGUAUGGCCUGGCUUGGGGGGCAACUAUAUUUUCAUUUGGGGGUGCCAUCCUUUAUUGCCUGAACCCUAAAAACUAUGAAGACUACUACUAA